GGGAAGCCGACGGUGAACUGGGAUGCGUCUCUGCUGGGCUACUCCAUCCGGACGGUAAACCACGGAAAUAAGCGUCUACACCGGGGGGAGCGAGUGAAACGAUAGGUGAGAGCGUCAUUCUUUGGAUGCGUGACGUCCACGCGGCUGUGGCAGUUGGCGCUCGCGCUGUUUCGUAAUUAGGGGCGAUCGAAAAGCAAAACUCAAGAGUUUGACAUCCGGCGGCAUUUUUGACGAUUGAAUUCUAACUUUGACAAUCACCUGCUCCCUCACCGAGUCAACGCGUCGUCUGUACUGUAGACAGAGCGCACUCUGUGUAAAUCCAGAAAGAAUUCAUUUUAAAUGCCACUUUAACUCAACUCGUGUCUAAAUGGACGUUAGUUACGUUCGUCGGCGUAUUUUGUGCAAGGAAACCUCAAUUUGUUCAUUUUUAAACGGCAUCUGGCUUCGAACGUCUCCGAGCGAACGAACGCGAUUUCAAUAACUCUACUUUCCUUAUAUGUCUAAUUAUACACAAUCAUCCAGCAUUGCCAAUUGCUAUCACAACUAGAGCUGACGCAAAAGCUGCAAAACAACCUCUGCGAAACACAUCCAGCUGCCCGCAGACCCAACACCUGGACACAUCUGUCAGAGCAGCGGACAUCUCCACAGCCGCCGGUGUCUUUUUUUUCGAGCGACUCUUUUGACUUUUGGAGCCCCAAACUCCAGCAGGCAUCACCGGAGUGGACACAUCGUGCAUUGGACGCAGCAAGUAGAGGGAUGGCUGCAGAUAACUACUUAUGGACACAUUUUUGACGCUUUUUUUUUUUUGGAAUCCGAGACAUAUUUUCUAAUUAAAUCCAGUGAGUCUUCAGCCAUGAUGAAUUCAGAAGACGACCCGUGCCACAGCAAGCACCACAUCGACUCCACCAUGAGCCCGUUGAUCAGUGCUAUCAUGUUCGCCGCAGGGAUCUUUGGAAACGUAGCUGCACUGGUUAUCCUGGAAAUCCGGCGACGCAGAGAAACACAGACUGGGGGCGCGUCGCGGCGUACGUUGUUUCAUGUGCUCAUCACAUCGCUGGUGGUCACGGACCUGGCGGGGACCUGCCUGGUCAGCCCGCUGGUGCAGCGGGCAUACUCACACAACACUACCCUGGUGGGGAUGUCACCUACAAAUAAUAGCGUGUGCGCGUACUUUGGUGUCAGCAUGACCUUCUUCAGUCUGACCACCAUGUCGCUCCUCUUCACUAUGGCAUUAGAGAGAUGCUUUGCCAUUGGAUACCCCUACUUGUACAGCCGGCAUGUCACCAAGAAAUGUGCCUAUAUCACAAUCCCAUUGGUCUUUAUGUUAUGUAUGAUAUUCUGUCUCCUCCCUUUUGCGGGAUUUGGUAAAUAUGUACAAUACUGCCCUGGCACGUGGUGCUUCAUUGACAUGAACCCAUUUCAAAAUAGGGACCAGGCCUACGCCAACCUGUAUGCCACUAUUAUGCUAAUGCUGGUGCUGGCCAUUGUGGCAUGCAACGGUUUUGUGGUAUACCAGCUGUUCAGGAUGUACCAACGUCGGAAGAGGAACAGUGGCUCAGUGAUGGCAAACACGAGAGUCAACAAUGAACGAAGAGCGAUGUCUAUGGCCAAGGAGGUGGAGCAUCUCAUCCUGCUGGUCUUCAUGACCAUCAUCUUCAUCAUCUGCACACUGCCACUAGUGAUCCGGGUGUACAUCAACUCCAUAGGGUUGCGUACCGAGUCUCACCCCAUGGACCUGAUUGCCCUCCGCUUCAUCUCUGUCAACUCUAUAAUUGACCCCUGGGUCUUCAUCCUCCUCUCCCCCAGCGUGCUGCAUUUUUGCUGGGCCUCGGUCUGCUGGUCCCCCUUAGGAACCUCCAGGGGCUCCAUUUUUAAAUUAUCAAUUGCUAAAGAGAAUUCCGUUAACAUAGAACUGACUCAACCAACAUUGGACUAUAACAACCAUUUUAACUCUGUGGAAAAUGUAUGACCAUAACAGUACAUUAUAAUUUGAUAUUUAUAUUUAUUGGAUACAUGAUUGGAUAGUGUGUCCUCCUUGGUGAUCACAUGAAGUGGAUGGGUUUCGUGGGCCACAACAUCUAUUACAUGUGGGUGUAGUUUCGUAUCUAUUUUUUCGGGUGUUUCCAUCAGAUAAUGGCCCUUUCUGUCCAACUGAUAAGCACUUCCAACCAGUUCUACCAGCUGGUGGCCAUAUCUGGCCCUUUACUGGGCAUUCCCAUCCACUUCUAGCAUUUCAGCAAAUUUUAUGCAUGUUGAAUGUAUAUUGACCUCUCUAGAGCUUUAUAUUUUAAGUAUAAAAAGGACAACAUUUUGCCUCCUUUGCUGCUUGUAUUUUAUGUCAAUUAAUCAGUUAAAUGAAAAAAAGCUACUGAUGGGAAAGACAAAGACUUCAUUCAGAUUCUGUGAUUCUGCAAACAGUUGUUACUAGUUCUGGGAAUGGUGAGCCAAGUGAGACGUCACAUUCAGGCAGGAACAAUUUUCACCUGCCAUUAAUAUGUAGGUUUAUGGAGAGAAGCAUGGGAUCCAUAUAAAGUAAAAUAAAUGGAAACAGAGAGAAAUGUAUGAAUGACAAGUAAGCACAUUCAGAUCAGUUGGGAUCGUGAUGGUCAUGUAAGAAGAUAGAAUGUUGGGAUCCAUGUUUAUUAUCAAAUUUAAGGUCACAGAUUACCAGAAAAAAAAAUGCCAUUUAUUGCAACAGGAAAGCAAAUAGAUUUUAAUGCCAGGUGUAGAUAUAUCUAUCUAGGUAUGGUUUAGACAGAUUAUAAAAGACAUGAAACAGAUAUCCAGAUAUAGAUAUUUGAGGCAUGACUUACUUUUCUGAACACCUCAAUAAUCAUGGGUCAUCCUCUUGACGACAUUAUCUAAUCACAUUCAAGCUUCUUAACCUCUGGUCUGCUUUGGUAACCCUUGCCCUCACAUUUAUACCAGAUCCUUGCAAGAAAAGUCAAAGUGCAAGAAGUCCUGGGGAGACUUUUGAUAUAUCAAAGAUCAAAGUCAAAACGUCACUCAGGGAGUGGGUGGCAAAGAAUGAUAAACAGUGUUUAACACAGAAAACGUUAUACAGAUGGUAAUGACAUUAUUUCAUUUAUCUGUACAUGUACAGUAUAUAGCAGAUAUUAUAAUAUUUUAUUAAAAAAAGUUCUUCAUAUGAGACUGCAGUUACCUUUUGACUUGAAAACUUCCGCUUCUUGUAUUGUUAAGUAAUAGCCGAUAAAUAUUCUCACAUAAUCAUUCUGUAAUUAUAAUGCUUGUGACCUACUAAAUGAAUGACAGAACAUAUUUUAAGCAAAUGAUGGUACUUUUUUUAUAGAACAGUAGCUACCUCCUUUAGUGACAAAAUAACACCCUUAAGACUAUUUUGCCAAAGCGCUUCUAUGGAUCAGAUUCUCUAUAUGGUAAAGAGGUCAUAAAUAAAGUAAUAAAGGCUGCCCCCUGAAAUUUUUUUUUUUUUUUAAAACAAAGUCAUGUUUACAUUCAGUGUUACUCACUGGAAUAGUGUGAAACUAGGCAGUUGUGUCUAUCGCUUCACCAUCCUUGUGAGCGCAGAUGAUGCAAACAAAACAGGGGCCCACUCAUAAAAACAUUGUCACCAGUUUAUACCACCAGUUUUUGUAGAAUACUGUUAAAAAUAAAAGCCUCAAUUAUUUAUAAGCUAUUAAUCUAAUUUUCAAAAUGAUUUCAAGUUCAUACAGCAUGCAAUGUAAAAUUUCAAGUAUGGAGCCUCUAAUUUUUUGACAUGCGCUCAGUUGCCAGUUUAUUAGGUACACAUAGCUAAAACUAAAAUAGUUAAACCGAAAUAAAGUUUCCUUUCUUGAAGGUUUUAAUGUUCAGUUUUAACUCACUCAUAUAAAUAGGGUGGAUAAAAUAUCACCUAUUAGUAUUAUGCAGUAAAGUAAAACAGAACCACAAACGGCAGCCUCCAAAAUGACCAUAAAGUUGAAUCAACACCUCUCUAAACAAUAAAAAAUUCGAACCAUCAUGAAAAAGGAUUUAUUGCAGGAUUAUUGUAUUGGAGUGGAUAAGUUUUAGAUGUGUGUACCUAAAACUGGUAACUGUGUAAAUCAUAUGUUACUCUUUAAAAAGCACCAUUGUUUGUUUUCAAUUUGUGCAACAAAUCAUUUUUCAGUUAGUAGACACGUCAUUGCGGGACAGAACUCUUAGCAACUUAAAAAUAUUUUUUCCUGUAUUUUGCCUUGUUUUCUCUCGGAGGUACAUUGUUCAGUCACAUUGCCUGUAAGUUCAUUUGAAAAGCUAUGAAAGGAGUUCCCUUAAUUUUAAUCCACUGAUUUUAUGACUGAAGAGCCAUUUGAACUGCAUUAGUUUAACAAGGGAGCAACUUGAAAUGUAAUUUUUUAUUUCCACGUGUGUCUUUCCACGGGACCAUUAAUAUGGGUGAAAUGACGUCCCCCUAACUGCCCCUCGCAGCCUACAUGGAAAAUGUCAUGAUUACAGUCUUUAAUUAUAUCCUCAUGCUAAUUGUUCAACUAUCAACUAAAGCAAGCCAAGAAAAUGGAGGCCCUCCCUUUUCCCCUGCUAUAGACUCUGUCAGUCAGCAUUAAGGCUUAUUAGCAGAAAGCUGGACAUGGUGGAGCCCUACUGGGUUAAAUUACACAACACCAUGGAGAACUGUAACUAUUGCAGCAUCUCUUCCUUUAAAAACAUUCAAAUUCAAACUGAGCUCAAGUGUCUGGCAAGAAAAAUAAGCUACUACAGAUUUCAAGGGAUCUCUGGUCAAAAAUCUCUCAAGAAAGAAAAACACUUGGAGCUGGAGUGACCCGGGUUACGCAAGUGUGUACAAUGUGAGGAAAAAAAACUAGAAGUUGUCAACAAUCUGUCAUUUUAGAGGAAGUCAGAAAAUGUGAGAUCUGGGAACAUCAGGUAAACUUUGUGGCUGUAAGCCUUUAUUUGAAAGUGUUUGUGGUGUGUGUGUGUGUGUGUGUCUGAGAGAGAGAGAGAGAGAGAGAGAGAGAGUGAGUGGUGAGAGUAUUUCAGACAUUCUUUGGCUAUUGUGUUAUGAGAACAGCAGUUUAUUUGCUUCCCUCGGUCUGUUUGGUUCUGAGCUCAGCAUUAAAAUGUUCAGUGUUUACCACAAGAGUACUGUUUCCUGUGGGUGUUAUGUGUGAGUUUUGCAUCUGUAUGUGUGUAUCGGUGUUUUUCCCUGUUGUUUUUUUGGUGAGUGUGUGAAAACAUUUUUGAAAAUGUAACUCCCUACAUAUAUGCCUGUGUGACCAUGUGCCUACAAUAAAUUGUGUGUCUGUGCAUGCUAGUGUGUGUGUGUGUUUGUGUAUGUGUGUGUGAAACAGACAGCACUGAAAUGUAAUGACGUCAAACCAGAAUGCUACCUACCUGGAUGUCUUGUACUCUGUAAUUAUAAAGUACUGUAGAUUAAACUGAAUGCA